AUGAGUGUGCAAGAGAUUGUCGCCAUUGCUUCUACGUGCAUAUUCGUUUCUGGAACAAUAUUGAACAUUAUUUUUAUUUAUGUGAUAAGAAAUGGAACGAGAAGUGCAGUUGGUCCAGUCUACAAAAAUAUAAUGACUAGUUUCGCGGUGUGCAAUAUCGGCUUUGCGACGAUGGAAUUCAUAGCCAAGCCUGGCAUUCACAUAUACGGUACAUCUCUGAUGACGUUCAGCCACGGUAUUUUCCAGUCCGUGAAACCAUGGGGAUUCCUGUCCCUCUGUUUUUUCAUAGGAAUGUAUGGCGUUAACACUGCUCUUUUGACACUUCAUUUUGCAUACAGAUACAUUGCACUGUGCAGGCGACAUUCUUUGCGCAUCUUCCACGAAACCAUUCCUGUAACAAUCGUUAUUUCAUUGGUACUUUCAUGGGGCUUUAUUUAUGGCUUUAUAACGUUCUACUGUUUUGCCGCUACUGACGAUUAUUAUGAAUAUGCUAAUGGAUCGGUCUACGCAAAGUUUGGAGUGGAUGCUCACAGUCUGUCCUUCUUUUGCAUCUUUACCCAUGUAUGUUUUGAACAAGUGUGA